AUGGCUUCCAUCCAAAAUCUGCCGCAGGACUGCCUCCUGGACAUCUUCCUUUUCCUGGCCGUAGCAUGGCCGGCCGGAAAGUACAGACCGGGAAGCGAGACUGUUGAUCUCGGAUGGGUACUAGCUGGCCACGUCUGUCAUCGGUGGCGGUCGGUCUUGCUCGGUUCGCGGACGAUAUGGUCGUUAUGGGCGACGUCCUUCUGCAAUACUGACGCGCUGCGGGUAUUCGUGGAAAGAGCAGGCCCGGCUGGGCUGUGGCUCGAUAUGAACAUCAUGCAUAGAAACUCCAUUGACAGGGGGAUCGCGCGUGAAGUGUUGGACGCCGUGAUGGACCCAGACCUCUGGAGAAGGGCUCGAGGCAUCAUAACCAACGCCGGCAACCGUGGUCACCUAGCCUUCACCCCGCUACUUCCCCAGAGGCUCACCUCCUUUGCCCUCCUCAACGUACAUACUGUGGACAUCUUUCUUCCCCGACAGUUCCGCUUGGACAGAGAAAUAGUCGCCCCGGCCUUAACAUCAAUAACCAUACGCUCAGACGCAGCGGUGACAUCACAGUGCCCAGUACCCGUACGGAUCUUGAUGGCACUUUUUGAGACUUCCACAAUUCUUCGCUUCAUUUCCCUGCGCCGCUGCGUGGACACGACGCCAAUACAUGUCUUCCCUCCCGGCGGGCGCGAUCGUCGCCUGCUCUCGGUGCUUGACGUCGGAUGCAUGGACGAAAGGCUGCUUCAUGUCAUUCAUCACUUCUUUAUCGUUGACUCUUCGUCGUCGGUGUCUAUCGACCUAUACUCCGUUUCGCAACUGUCGGGCGCUAUGAAUCUAUGCUUUGAAGACUUUGGUCUCAAUCGCAGCCUGGUGAAAUGCAUGGGCAUUCACUUUGACGACGAGCACGCUCGUGGAGAGGGCCGGGACGACCUAUUUCGGUCGUACUUUUUUGCUAUACGACUGCAUAUCCGGGACGACUUCGUCGUCAUCUUACGCAUGGAUGAAGGACAACAAACGUGGUCGUGGAGGAGCUUCAUCGAUAUAUUCCCCUGUUCGAAUAUCACAUCACUUACGCUUCGGAAUCCAGCCGAUCUUGAAUCUCAAACCGUCGAACGGCCUGGAGAACUUCUAAACCAGCUACAGUGCAUAGACACUGUUACAGUGUCAGAUCGUCAGCACGUGGAUCUCCUCAACGCCAUUCCCCUCACGUCGCCGAUAUCUACGAUCGUCGUUGACAUGGAUACUGCGGCAGACAACGAGGAUCUCGCAGACAUAUGGCACUGGUUACAACGUCGAGGGAAGAAGGAUAGAACUGUCCGGCUUCUGCUGACGGGCAGAUUACUGACGGCGGACGACAUCGAGCGAUACCGCCGCAUUGAAGCCCCCGUCAUUAGUGCUCUUGAGGUGUUUGUCACUGUUGAAGACCACCGAGUGCUCGAGAAGACCCACUCAUCUCGCGUGUAUCAUGCUUAG